UUUACUUCAACAAAGUGAGAGAAAAUGAAAAUAACAUUUUGAGGAAUUUCUUACUGUUGUCUUAAGCCUUUCCUUCGUUUUUUUUUUUUUUUGGAGACGGACUCAGAGGCUUGAACUGUCGUGUUAUCUUCUUCUGGGUCGUCUCCAAUGGCGAGUUUUAUCAUCACGGAAUGUAGUUUAAGGCCUCUCCCACAAGUUCUUUUUCCUAAACGAAGAAUUGGAGUGAACCCAACAAAGGCCGGAUUUUUACACUCAAGCAACUCUCUAACAGAUCUAAAGUAUUCUAUUAAUUUUUCCAGGGAUUUUUCAAGGGACAGAAAUUGGGGGCUAAAAGUGAGUGCCCCUUUGAGAGUAGAUACAUUAGAUGAAGAUGAGGGGGAAGAUAGAAUCAAUCCUGUUAAUGGGAUUGAAAAUAAAGAAGAAGGAGAAGCUGAAUUUAAUCCUGGGGCGCCCCCUCCUUUUAAGCUUGCUGAUAUUAGAGCCGCAAUACCAAAGCAUUGUUGGGUGAAAGAUCCAUGGAGGUCUAUGAGCUAUGUUGUUAGAGAUGUUGUGGCAGCUUUUGGCUUGGCUGCCAUCGCCGCUUAUCUUAACAACUGGGUUGUUUGGCCUUUGUACUGGGCUGCUCAAGGAACCAUGUUUUGGGCUCUUUUUGUGCUUGGUCAUGACUGUGGUCAUGGAAGCUUUUCCAAUAAUCCUAAGUUGAAUUCUGUAGUGGGACAUUUGCUGCAUUCUUCAAUUCUGGUUCCUUAUCAUGGAUGGAGAAUCAGCCACAGAACUCAUCAUCAAAAUCAUGGCCAUGUUGAGAAUGAUGAAUCAUGGCACCCUUUGUCUGAGAAAAUAUACAAAAAUUUGGAUAAAGCUACAAGAAUUUUGCGUUUCACUCUGCCAUUUCCCAUGCUUGCAUACCCAUUUUAUCUCUGGAAUAGAAGUCCUGGGAAGAGUGGUUCUCACUUUGAUCCAAACAGCGAUUUGUUUGUCCCAAGUGAAAGGGAAGAUGUGAUCACUUCUACCUUAUGUUGGACGGCCAUGGCUGCUUUGCUAGUGGGUUUAUCCUUUGUAUUGGGCCCUAUGCAAAUGCUUAAACUCUACGGCAUCCCAUACUGGGUUUUUGUUAUGUGGUUGGAUUUGGUGACAUAUUUGCAUCACCAUGGUCACGGAGAAAAGCUCCCCUGGUAUCGUGGGAAGGAGUGGAGCUAUUUGAGAGGAGGGCUUACAACGCUUGAUCGAGAUUAUGGAUGGAUUAAUAACAUCCACCAUGAUAUUGGAACCCAUGUCAUUCACCAUCUCUUCCCACAGAUACCACACUACCAUUUAGUGGAAGCAACUGAGGCUGCUAAACCGGUACUUGGAAAAUAUUAUCGCAAGCCUAGUAAAUCAGGACCUCUACCUCUCCACCUAAUUGGAAGUUUGAUCAGAAGUUUGAAAAAAGAUCAUUAUGUCAGUGAUAAUGGCGAUGUUGUGUACUACCGGACCGACCCAAAGCUGAAGUGCUCAUCCAGAUGAGCUUAAAGCUUUCAUAUAUAGCGUUUCUCAGCCAAUGCGGUGAUGGGUAGCAAGCUCUUUAUCUUGAAUUAGUAUUGCUUGAACUUGAGCAAUCAGAGAGGUUGUAUUGACAUGUUAUGAACUCCUGCAGUGAUAUGAAGAGGAGUGAUACCCAAAAGACAGAUUAUUUAGGCAGAAGAGACGUGAGGUGUUGUUCUUAAAAUUCUGAAGGGAAAGUGUAUAUUAAAUCCUGAAGAUUUAUUUAGGUCUUGAGCAUUAUUUAUUCAUGGAUUAUUUGGUCAAAACCUGAAAUUAUAUGAAAAGGUGAUGUUUUUACCCAA